AUGAGAAAAGCGAAAAAGCUGACAAAACGCAUUAAGAAAGCUUUCGAGUUGGAAUCGUCAAUUUUGCCCGUUCCUCCGCCGAGGAAGAGUCUUUCCUCGACGGAGCUCCGAUCCAGCCAGAGGUCGAGCCACGAAGAUGUCUCGAUCGAAUCCGACGAGUCAGACUCAGCUCGAUCAAGCAGAUCUUCGACAAAGUCAGAAACGGCCCUAGCGUUGGAGAAUGAAAAUCUUCAAGAGCAGCUUUCGCUGAUGAUGAUUAAGCUAACAGAAAAAGACAAGCUGAUCCACGAACUUGAUGCAAAAAAUAGAAGUCUUGAUGAACAGCUGCGCGAGGGAGAGUCUACCAUGCGCUUGUGGAUAAAUCAGCUGAAAAACGAGAUUCUCACCCUCAAAGAUGACAAUAAGAAGAAAGAAACCGCCCUUCUUGCCUAUCAAGAACAGAACAUGCUCCUCAAUGAAGAAAUUCUAGAGCUAAACGGCAGAAGAAAAUGCGAAGUCAUGCAGGCAUCGUUUCACGCCUCUCAAAAUCAUCGAAAAUACUCAGAAGCGUCCGACUCAUCACUUUUGGAAUCCUUUUUGAUUGAAGACGACGAAGAACAGAAUACUAGCGUCGAUGAAGAUUCUGAGUUUGUCCUCGUUGCGGAUCAAGAAGCGCCAGAUACAGAGACGUGUGUUUGGGAAGAAACCGUCUCUGGAAUCAAGAACAAUCGUAACUGGCCGAACAACAACAACGUAAAACUGCUGAUCCGACAAGGAGUUCCUCCGCGAUUUCGUCCGCGAAUUUGGCGAGCAUUGAUGAACGACCAAAUCGUCCUGCGACUCGGUCUCUACUCAUCCCUCGCCAACGAGCCGCCUCACGAAGACGUCGUCAAGCAAAUCGCACUAGAUCUGCCUCGAACAAAACGAUGGCUUCUCAACGACUAUUCACCUCAAUUUCGCGAGAAACUACGCCGAGUGCUCUGGGCAUUCGCGAAUUACAACAAAGAAAUCGGCUAUUGCCAGGGAUUGAACAGAAUCGCUUGUUUGGCGCUGGAACAUCUUUACGAAGAAGAUGCGUUUUACUUUUUACGGCUCGUUACGGAGUCGUUUUUGCCGCAAGAUUAUUACUCUGGAAACAUGUGUGGAAUCAGAGCAGAUGGAGCGCUAAUUUCUGAAAUUCUACGAGACAAAGCUCCGCGACUUUCCGAGCAUUUACGAUCACUAGACCCCCAUGUUGAUACUGUGGCUACUGUAGCUACCAACUGGUUGCUAAUUAUCUUUAUCGACCCAUCGAUAGACAUAACAGUGACGCUGAAAAUCUGGGACGCGUUUCUUUUCGAAGGGAACAAGGUCCUCAUCCGCUGGUGCAUAGCGAUUUUCCUCUAUCACGAAGAUAAACUCCUAAAAUGUUGUGACUCGUCUCAAGUGAUGCAAACCCUCCGUUCCAAUAAACUUCUAGAGCCAAAGGACUUCGACCGCAUUCAAAACUACGCCUACAAUAGGAUCAAUCCCUUUUCGAAAAACCUAUCAUUCUUCUUCCUAAUAAAGUCCACUAUUCACGAAAAAACGAGUUGCGAUGCGUUUCUAGAGCAGCAAUGCAACUCGAUGAACCCUCUUGCAAACUUAUCUGCUGGGAACAAAAAGAGUGAGCUCGAUCCAAUAAAGACGAAACGACAGAGCAAGACGUCAAAAUUCCGAUAUCAAAAACGACACAAGCCAACAUCUAAAACUACUGUUCGAUAUGAAGAUGAGCUCAGAAAACUGCGUCUCUAA